AUGAAGGGACACCCACCAGCACGGCGGGGUGAGAGGGAGUCCAAAUUUCUCGGGGCAUAUAUCAUCAGGAGGAGCAAAUUUGAUCAUCCCCUCUACUUCGUAAUAUUCAGCAUUGGCAACGCUCGCCACGACCACUUGAUGGAGAGAGAUGAAGUAUCGUUGGCAAAAAGAUCACGAAGAGACGAGACGGGCAAGCAGUCGGGGGAUUCCUGGUGGAUUUUCCCCCUCGAUUUGGCUAUAUGGCAUCAACUCGGCCUCGAAUCUGCACGACUGACGGACGGAUCCCGGCCGCACACGGCAUGCGAAGUUGGGGGUGCACCAAGGACCCGUCACGACACCUCCCAUCAAGGCAAAGCGAAAAGCUGGGGAAAUACAGAACACGGUCGACCUGUCGUCCAGGUCGGUUCAGGCCGUGGCGGGUUUCCUGCGCGGAUGACGGGCUUGUCGUGGGCUAGACCAAGCUUCUUGGCCUGCAUCCCGGGGGAAGGCAGCCUCGUGGCCCCACGACCCAUCCUCAGCUUCCGGGUGACGCGGGCGGCUUCGGAUCCGGUCCCCCGGGUCGUGUGGGUCAAGGUCAUAUGUCACCUUUGGUUUGUUCCAAACCCUCCGGUAACCUGCCUGUCUGAUAUUGAGGAUCAUGAUCAGAACUCUGGAAAUCAGCUGGUUGGCGUCCGGAUAUGCACCGUCGACUCGACAAGGCGCAGCCACUUUGCCGAAGCACCCGAAUCUCAGGGUGUGCUGAUGAUGGAAAUCAAGAAACGGGCGGGUUCAAUUGGUUGGACGGACACUCGGCAAGUGGGCAAGGACGCAUAA